AAAAACACAUGCGCUGUUUUAACUCACCUGUCCUAAUUAAAGGACACAAACAGCUUUAUUUUGGUGGACUGGUCCUUCCACACAGGCUGUGGCGUCUAAAACUGUCCAGCAGAGGCCGCUGUUGAGCCGACGGCUGCUUUGUUGCCAUAUAGUGGGCGGUGCGUGUUGCCAUGGGCUGGGCGUGCCGCUCUUCAUUCUCCCCGCUGAUUGGCUGCUCGCUCUGAGCCUGAGCGUUUGAAAAAUAAUAAACAGCAGCGGCGCAGCGCGAAGCUCCGCAGUGAUGAAGAUAAGUGAGUUUGAUUCGUCUGAUGAAGAGGAGGAGGCAGGAGAUGAAGAACACACUCCUCUGCAGAUCUCCUGGUUGUCCCUGUCGGUGGUCGAGUGCUCUCAGUUUUUGGGAAUUUGCUCUUUGCCAGGCUGCAGAUAUAAAGACAUCAGAAGAAACCUGGAGAAAGAUGUUGGUGAUCUGUGUGCGGAGGGCGUGGAGGACGUCUUCGUGUUCUGCACGCGUGCGGAGCUGGUGCGGUAUCGAGUGCCGUGUCUGUUGGAGCGCUACACAGAGCGCGGCCUCGUCGUGCACCACCUGCCCUUUCCUGACGGGGGCGCCCCGGAGAUGCCUCAGUGCUGCCACAUCCUGGAGGAGCUCCAGCUCAGCCUGCAGAACCAGCGCAGAACCGUCAUACAUUGUUAUGGGGGUCUCGGCCGUUCUGGACUCAUCGCUGCGUGUUUGCUGCUGCACCUGUCCGUCUCCAUGACGCCCAGUAAGGCCAUAGACAUCCUGAGGGAGCUCAGAGGAAGCGGCGCCAUCCAGACCGUCAAGUACAACUUCCUCCACGAGUUCCGGGAGAAGCUCGCAGCCUAUCAGGAAACCAAAGGGACCGUUUCGGAGCGAUCCGUCUCCAGAUAGAGACGCUGAGUCUGCGCUAAUCAUCGCUUUUAAAUCCACGGAAUCUGAUCCGGAGCGCCGCUCUCCGUUUUAGCACUGCGAUCAUGGAAACGGAGGAAGUUAGCGGGUUUUUGGCACUUUAAACGUUGAUUGUUUAUUCUCUACUUGAUUUAAUGUCCAGCUUAUCCAGCACCUCUGCACCAGCCUGCGGACACACCGAGCACCAGGCCUUCAUCUUUAAGAGAUUAAAUAUGCUUUAAUGUUUCUCAGCGAACGGCUUUGAUCUUCUACAGCUUCAUUAAACUCUUCUGUGAACAGCG